GCGUGGCGCAAGGACCGCGAAGAUUGGGAGAAGACCACCAAGGAGAACUUCCUCGCCAUGGAGAAGGAACUGAAGGAGACCAAGUCCAAGCUCGAGGCUACCGAGGAGGAGGCUGCCAAGGCUGCGGACGAGUCCGACGUCGAGGCCAUGAAGAAGAUCGAGGCGAUUCGCGCCGAGCUCGAGACUGAGGUUGCGAUUGCGUCUGAUCGACUCCAGGCGAUGGAGGCUGAGAUGCGCGCGGCGCAGCAGGCGCGCGCGGAUGCCGAAAAGGAGCUCAGCGACGUGCGUCAAGACAUGGACGUGCUGAAGCAGAUGAUGGACGACACCUCCCGCGACUCGGUGCAGCAGAACCUGGACAUGGAGCAAGAGCUGGGCCGCGUCAUGAACGAGGCUAACGAGCUUCGCGCCAAGCUCGAGGCCCAGGCCAAGGCGCUGGAGGCGCGCGACGGCGACGCGUUCAAGCAGCUCGAGAAGGCAUCCGGCGAGACGGCGGCGCUGAAAGCGGACCUGGAGGCUACCAAGGCGGCGGCGGCGGCGGACGCGGCGCUCAGGGCGGAUCUCGAACAGGCGAUGGUCCGCGCGCACGAGAUCGCCAAGGAGAACGCGAUCAAGAUGGUCAAGCACAACGAGCGCAUGGGCCGGUGGAGGUCCUACAAGUCCGGCGACAUCGACAUCCCGGUCAAGUUUGAGAUCGCCGUCGAGACCAUGCCCGGCCAGCGCGUCGCCAUGGUCGGCACGUGGAACGACUGGGACAUCUCCGCGGCGUUUCCGAUGGUGUGGACCGAGGGGAACGUGUGGACGGUGACCACCCCGAUCCACGCGGACGACACGUACGAGUACAAGUACGUCGUGAUCGACGGCGAGGGACCGGCGGCGCUGGAGAAUGCCACGUGGCAGUCUGGAAAUAACCGCGCCCUCGGCCUCAACCUCAGCCUGCACGACGAGGUGGCGCUCGUCGAGGUUGUCGACACGUGGAGGCCGGACCCCAAGCAGGCGCCGGUCCUCCUCCACAUGGUCGACGGAACCGUCAAGGAAGAAGGCAGCACCAAGCUCCUCCACGACGUCGUCAGGGAGCUCCGAACGGAGCAGGCGCUCCUCGACGGAUCGCUCAACGUCAAGGUUCUCGCGGAGAUUGCGCAAGCCAUCUCCGCCGCCGCCGGAGACUCCAUCGCCGAUCCCCUCGACGAGGAAUUCUUCGACGCCAUGGAACGGGCGGCGGUGGAGGAAGCGACGCCGCCCAAACCCCCGAAGGACAUCUUCACCACGGCAUCAUCCAACAUCGUCGCGACGGAGGAACCCGAGGAACACGUACCGGUGUUUGUCGACGCGUCGGAUGAAUUCGCGCCAGACGGCGACGUGGAGGCGUCGGCGAUGGUGAACGUCAACGUCACCGCCGACGGGGAGCAAAUCGCGACGGGCACGAUGGCGGACGUGGACGUGGGCGAGGAGCAGGACGCGUCCGCGGGUCCCCGUUGAGGACCCGGCAAACAGCAGCAUGAGAGAUACGCAACGCAACAAUUGUUUUUGACUUUUCUGUUCCCACCUAGAGUCUGUCCUCGCGGUGCGGGGGCGAAGACGAGUCGAACCUCGUCUUCGCCGCGAUCGCGCGGGCGGCGACGAUACGAAAACUUUGUAAGUAAGCGAAAGCAGCAUGAUAAUCA